UACGUCGACGCUUGCAGGGUGGCAUAGACAGAGGGACGUCUGCGAGCUCUUAUGAUAUGACUAUAGGUUAUCUGUGCGUUUUCUUUAAGGUUAUUGCGUUGUGGGUUUUUUUUUUUUUUUUUUUUUUUUUUUUUUGCAUCCAUCCAGCCUCAUGUCCUUCUGGCUGACGACGCUGCUCUGCUCGUAUCUGUAGGCGCUGGAAUCCCGAUUUCAGCACCUGGACAGCUCCCGGUCGUGAACCUCUUCUUCUUAUUGGGCACAUGGAGUCCCUGGUGUGAUUGUGGGGGAAGCCCUGCAAGCACAUUCUGCCUCAAUCCGAAGAUGCUGAGAACAUCCUGAUUCAGUGACAGCCCUCGUCGUCUCCGCUGAAGGAUGCUGCUUUCAGUCCGGAGUAGGUGUUUUCAUCGUGUGCUGUCUUCUGAGAGGCGAUUCGGGUACGUGGCCAACGCGAAUUUAAGGGGAAUCGCAGCCUACACACAGCAAGAUCCGAGCUUCCCUCACACUGAUCAUUACCAUCAUCAUCAACAUCAUCAUCAUCAUCAACAUCAUCGGCGAGGAGGGAGAUAUUACCAUCAUCACAGCGAGGGCAAAGGAGUCACGACAACACUUCACACAAUGUAGAGCAAGAAAACACAAGAGGUGUGGUAUGAGCCAGGUGUCUGCAGCAGGGAAACAUUUCACUCUUGGGGUCAUUUAGUGUGGACGUCGACUUUAUACAACAAGACCUCGAUAUGAGCAACCCCCAGGCCCCUCCUCAGGCUGGAGCGUCAGAGUUGGAGGUGAUAUCCCAGCAGGUGGAAGAGGAAAACCAGUGUGUGGCCCCUGUCCAGCUGGUCAGCUUUGCCUACAGAGACUUGCCUUUGGCCGCCCUGGAUAUAUCCCUCGCCGGAUCCCAGCUCAUUUCAAACCCAGAUGAAGAGGACAACAGAGAUGGGUCAAACUGGCUGAAGCCUUGCUGUGGCAGAAGGGCGGCGCUGUGGCAGGUCUGUCUGCUGUCGGCAGGAUUCAACUGUUUCCUGGUGGCUUGUGUCAUUCUGGUGGUGGUGCUGCUGACGCUAGAGCUGCUCAUAGACACCAAGCUGUUGCAGUUUAAUAAUGCGUUCCAGUUCGCCAGCAUCAUCCACUGGAUCAGUCUGGCGAUCCUGUCUGUGUUCUUCACUGAGACGGUGUUCAGGAUCGUGGUGCUGGGGAUAUGGGAUUACAUAGAGAACAAAGUAGAGGUAUUCGAUGGAGCCGUCAUCGUCCUCUCUCUGGCCCCCAUGGUGGCCUCCACAGUGGCCAACGGGCCCAGCAGUCCCUGGGAUGCUAUUGGUCUCAUCAUCACACUGCGCAUCUGGAGGGUCAAGAGGAUCAUUGAUGCCUAUGUGCUGCAGGUGAAGGUGGAGAUGGAGCUGGAGAUCCAUCAGUAUGAGAAAGCCAAGGCGGUGAGAGAGGAACAGCUUGACCGUCUCACCCAGAUCUGCCAGGAGCAGGCAUUUGAAAUCAGGCAGCUGAGGGCCCACCUGGCUCAGCAGGACCUGGAUCUGGUGGCAGAGCGUGAAGCAGCCAUGCAGAUCCACCAUAUGUGGGGUAAACAGAACAGCAGUUUCCAGGAGGUGGACGGAUUGGCCCCUGGAGCCGCCGAGCAUCAUGGGCCAGCCAAAGCUAGAGAGCCCGGGGGCCCCACAGAUCACCAUGGCCAGGACGACAUGAACAACUACAUCAGCCAGUACUACAGUGAACCAAGCAGUGACACUGGGAUCCCAGACCCAGCUGCUCGUGUCAUCACCACAGCAGCCAUAGAUGUGCAUUUGCCCAACAACCCCAGCCAGCUUCCCUCCUCUUUGGUGAGUGCAGAUGCAGUAACAUCUGGCCGUCUGCAGCGGACUGGCAGCUCUGUCAGCGAAGCCUCCACAACCACAGUGUCCCGCACCAGCUUCAGCGCCCGCCAGCACAGUAUCAGCAGCCACACGCUAGGAUCCACCACAGACUGCAGCUCUACAGUGCGAGAGGCCUCCACUUCCACAGACUACAGCGAUCAGCGCUGCUACCCCCCACCCUACAGCAGUCCUCUGGCCCUGGGCACGCAGCCACGAGGGAGUCCCAGCGCUGUGGUGCAGGAACUUCUGUCCUCUCUGUCUGAGGACUCAUGUCUCACCCAGAAGGGCCUGGACCCUGUAAACCUUAAACCACCCAGUCCAGCAGGUUCCACCAAAACCAGCCCCGAGCUGGAGCACAGGGUUAACAUCUACAACAAGAGGAACCAGGAGAGUCGAACUGGACUGCAUGCCAAGCCUCUCAUCCAUCUGCAGGGCAAUGAGGCUUUUCUAGAGGAGAAGUACAGGAUGAUGGAGCCAGUGGAAGCCCCAGUCAACAGAUUCUCAGAGACAUAAGACCGUCCAUGACAUGUAGAGCUUCAAAGGACUCAUUCUUAUCUCAGACGCAAAAAUUGACACUCUUAACUCCCCUUGUCGGGAGUCAUCGGCACAUCAGCUGUAUCUGCCAUCCUACUUUUACUGCUGAAACUGAGUGGAUGAACUUGCCAGAGCAGCACAAACAGAGAACACGAAGGAGGCAGACUCUUCAUCAGGCAUCACUUAUCAGGAAUUGACACUAACAAAAAACGCUUUGAGUUUUUUGAAAAUUUUACCAAAAGAAACCAGCAUUUUCAGACAUCUGGUAUAUGUUCAGAAGGCUUUUGUUGUGGUAUGAUUUCUACAAGUGAUAUAUUAGGAAGGAGCUGGUGCUGAGGACUUAGUUCCUCUGAUACACUUUGUAAGAAUUAAGAGAUGCUGGGCUUAUAUUUCAGAGGAACGCCACAAACUAUUACUGGUUCCAAAAAGGCAUGAAUCUAUCACAAGUGCAGGUGUAUCAGCUCAAUCAGUCAUGUGUCUCAAAAAUCACACAUACCAGUCCUCUUUAAUGGGACUGCUGCAGGGUCCAUUGGAUCAGCGUUGAGAUUAUUAGGUUUUAUCUCACCUUCUUUCUUAUCUUUGUCUUUCUAUAUUAGCAAUGUUAACAUUUUUAUCUAAAUUCUAUUGAUGGAAAGUGUGUCGUACAUUUGAUUGGUGGAUGAUUCAGGUACCGUGCCUGGAAUCUGAAAAAAA